ACGGGUCAACUACCACCAAUCCAAUAUAACAGAUAACUUCCAAUAUACACAGUAACAUAAAAAGGAAAGCAAGAAAAAAAAAAGAGAAGAAGAUGUGAGCUUGUGAAAAGCCAAAAAAGAAAAAAAGAUUCACAACUCUGUCUCUCUCUCUCUCUGUUCUUUCUCAUCAAUGGCCGAGAAAAUCAACGAUACCGCCGGAAAGAUGACUCCUUUCUGCCGGAAAAUAGUACACGUGAACGUAAAAUGGAGAGUCAUCGAGAAAGUAUCCAUCUUUGGAGAUUUUUUCAGGUUUCUAUGGAGAAAACUCGUUUCUUGUUCAACUAUCAUCGAGAGACCUAUUCUUUACCGGCGUAUCGUUCACCGGAUUUCUUCCACCUCCGGCGAUAUCUUCGACGGAGACGUAACGACCGAACCGGCUGUUUCUUCCGGUAGAAGGUUUGGUUCAGGUUCGGAUUCUGAUUUGGUUAGUCUCAAGAUCAGCUUAUUAGGAGAUUGUCAAACAGGGAAGACUACUUUUGUAAUCAAAUAUGUUGGAGAUGAGAACCAAGGUUUCUUGGAGAUGACGGGUUUAAAUCUGAUGGACAAAACGUUUUAUGUUCAAGGAGUUACGAUUUCGUUUAGCAUUUGGGAUGUCGGAGGAGAUGAAAAGAGGUCAAAAGAUCAUAUACCAAUAGCUUGUAAAGACGCAGUAGCAAUCUUGUUCAUGUUUGAUCUAACCAGUCGAUCCACUCUUAACAGUGUCUUUGGGUGGUAUAGCAAAGCAAGAAAGUGGAACACGACGGCAAUUCCAAUUCUAAUAGGAACAAAAUUUGAUGAUUUCGUUCGGCUCCCACCCAAUCUUCAGUGGACCAUUGUCACUCAGGCAAGAGCUUAUGCUAAGGUGAUGAACGCAUCAUUGUUCUUUUCAAGUGCGACACACAACAUAAACGUAAACAAGAUCUUCAAAUUCAUUUUGGCUAGACUUUUUAAUUUGCCUUGGAAGAUCGACAGAAACUUGACUUUAGGUGAACCUAUCAUCGACUAUGAUUCCUAAAUUAGUCUACUACCAUUUGUUUUUUUUUAAUAUAAUUAUUAACCAUUUUUGUACAUAAAUUCUUAAAAAUUAGUCUAUAAAAGAGUUACACAACCUCAA